GCGGGGCCGGAGCGGGGCCGGGCGGCGCGAUGCUGGGCGCGUAGCGGCACCAUGGAGAGCGGGGCCCGCUGCAAGAUCGUGGUGGUGGGGGACACCCAGUGCGGCAAGACGGCGCUGCUGCAUGUCUUCGCCAAGGACUGUUACCCCGAGAACUAUGUCCCCACCGUGUUUGAGAACUACACGGCGAGCUUCGAGAUCGACAAGCAGCGCAUCGAGCUCAACAUGUGGGACACCUCAGGCUCAGCGUAUUAUGACAACGUCCGCCCCUUGGCCUACCCCGAUUCGGACGCCGUGCUCAUCUGCUUUGACAUCAGCCGCCCAGAGACGCUGGACAGUGUACUCAAGAAGUGGCAAGGGGAGACCCAGGAGUUCUGCCCCAAUGCGAAGAUCGUGCUGGUUGGCUGCAAGCUGGACAUGCGGACAGAUCUGAACACCCUCCGGGAGCUCUCCAAGCAGCGCCUCAUCCCCGUCACACACGAGCAGGGCAGCACGCUGGCACGGCAGAUGGGGGCAGUGGCCUAUGUGGAAUGCUCCUCCAAGGUCUCCGAGAACAGCGUGCGGGACGUCUUCCACGUAACCACGCUGGCCUCUGUCAAUAGGAUGCACAAGAAUCUCAAGCGGAGCAACUCCAAGCGGGGACUGAAGCGGGCAUCUCAGAUGCCCAGCAGGACGGACUUGUUGAAUGACACAGAGAUCAGGAAAGACCGAGCCAAGAGCUGCUCCAUCAUGUGACAAAUGGGCUGUAAAUAAUGUGUGUGCGCGCGCGUUGUUUGUUUUUGUACAGUAACAGGCCUAGACAAGGGCACAGCACUGGCUGCGGGAGCCAGCCUGCCUUCCCAAGGCUUUUCUUUUAGUCUCUAGGUCUGAGACACGCUAGCUGCAAAUCAGGGUGCAUGUGUCACCCUCUCACCAUGGAGACUUCUGGAUUGGCUGUUGCUGUGCUGACUGCUUGGGAUAAAGGAACCACUCAGCAGAGGAAUAUUCAGGUGCUGGAAAGUCUGUGAUGAAGUAAAGAAAAGGAGUGUGUGUGUGU